AAGCGCCAGUGGAAGAACUACGGAAGUCUGAGCAGUCCAAAAUCACCUAGAGGGUUUCAAAACGACGAGACCCCAGGAGUUGAAUUUGGUGUGUUUUAUAUGAAAGGGACGCCAACGACUGAAUAUGACGAUGCAAAUAUGCUGCUAACGGAAGUCUCGGCGCCUCCUCAGCUGAAAGAUGUCUGGCUUCACCUGGUCUGUGGUGGUCCUCACCUGUCAGCACAAAGACAGCGUGUACGCCUUCCAGAGAGAGCUGGAGUUAAGGCAGCAACGUGGUUCCGUGUCUCACAGUACCUUGGUUCUGACCGUACAGGACCACCAAGAGCCCUUGGGCAGUGGGGGAGCGACGCUCAACGCCCUGCUGGUGGCGGCCGAGCACCUGAGCAGCCGAGCGGGACACACUGUGGUGACGGCUGACGUGCUGGAUGACGCUCACAUCCUCAUUCUCCACACUGGUCGAGAUUUUCCUUGGAGUUCAUGCAGCCGAGCCUUCUCCUGGCUGCCGCUGGAGAAAACUGCUCAGAAGGUCCAGGCGCCGGUCUGCUGUCUGGACCUGCUGCUUGACUGCCUCACAAACCAGGUUUGUCCUGGUUCUCCUCCUGGUGUUUGGGUUUGCAGCACCGACAUGAUUCUCAGCAUCCCCCCACACUUUGUGGUGUCCUGGGACAACUUCUCAGGUGUACGCGCACUGGCGCUCCCUGGCAACGUGUCCUACGCUGUCAAUCAUGGAGUGUACUUGUGUGACCAGCAGGGUCACAUCAGGGACAUCAUCUACAAGGGAAGCAAGGAGCAGAUCCAGCAAGCGGUUAUGCAUGAUGGGAACGUGCCUCUGAGAGAUCAGGUGUCAGGUCCAGUCUUCUUCAGCAGGAUGGUAGCAGAGAAACUUCUACAAGCGCAUGUCACGCCUCCUCUGAACGGCUGCACCUACUUGGGCUUGGACUCGGGUGCUCCGCCCCUCCAGAUCUCGCUCUUCCUGGACGUGUUGAAGUGUCUUUGCUCGGAUCAGACCGAGGAGCAGUUCGUGGGCCAGGACAAAAAGGUCUGCACUUCUGCUGGCGAGCCACAGGGGGUGGUGGUGAGGAGCGGCAGGCUGGAGCUGUGGAGGAUCCUGAGAGGAACGCCUCUCAGCAUGGUGUACGUUCCAGGGGGUCGCUAUGAUUACAUGUGUCUGUCCGGGAAGCGACAUGUCAACCGGCUGACGUGUGACUGGACACAUGGACAUGCCCUUUCCCACAUCCAGUUGGACAGUAGCGUGAGCAAAGGAGGGCGGGUGAUCAACAGUGUUUUGGAGGGAGAUGUUGCCCUGGAGACGGGGGCAGUGGUGCAACACUGCCACCUGCAGGGUCCUCUGCACAUCCCGUCUGGUUGUUUACUAUCAGGUCUUGAGGCGUCCACGUCCUCCUGGAUUAGACAACUGGCGCCAGUCAAUGACAUCAUCAUCCAGGGACAUCGCAUUGAGCUCGGGGACUUGAAGCUGAAGGUCUACACAGUGAUGGGAGGAAUGGAUGACCUGGAGCUGUGCUGCGAUGAUAAUGAUUCCUCCUUCCUCAACGUGAAAUGGAGCGUCUUCUUCAGCAGGACAAGCGUACAGCCAGAGGACUUGUGGUUUCCGGGAAACCCACGCUCCCUCCUGGAGGCUCGCCUCUUCCCGGCUCUGCACCCCCGAGGAGGCCCUGUGGGCAUGGCGGGGGGCGUGGCCUGGCUCUUGGGCGGCGAGGGCUGCGUGCGCAGGUGGAGGGAGGCGUGGAGACUUUCAUUGAAGGAGGUGCUGUCACUCACCCACCAGGAGGCAGAGCUCCAGUGGAGGGAGCAAUUGCUCUUCCUGGCAGGAAGGAGGCGGGUGACUGAUGCCCUGACCAGUCGGAGUGAUGCCUGCCUGCUGCCUUGCUUCAGGGCGGCCGUGAUGGGUGGGCAGGAGGGGGCGCUGCUGGACACGCUGGACAACAUCGCAGCAGGAAGAGCUGAAGAGGACACGGCGGCAGGAGCCCAGCUGGGUGUGGCAGCUCGUUGCCUUUCCUGCAUUGCCGAUGUGCUGGUGUGCAUGGCCGAGGGCGUGGCGGGGCUCAGGAGCGGGCCAGCGGCUAACAAGGCCUGGAGCUCUGCCUACUUCCUGCUGGAAAAAGGUGAUCUAAUGGGCGGAGUUAAAGCCCUGGCUACUCAGAGAGGUCAUUGGCUCAGCAGGCCGGACCUGCUUGUGCGAGCGGCACGGCACUAUGAAGGUGCGGCCCAGGUGCUGCUGCGUCAAGCUGUGAUGUCAUCGCAGAAGUUCAUCUCCAUUGGCCAGAGUGAAGUCCCACUUCUUGAGCUGUGGCACGAAGUGGAGUGUCCUGCUCGAUUGGACCUCGCUGGCGGCUGGAGUGACACUCCCCCCAUUGCUUUUGAGCAUGGCGGUUCUGUGACCAACGUGGCCGUGAAGGUUGAUGGCAGGCGUCCGAUUGGUGCUCGGGCUCGUCGCAUCAAAGAGCCUUGCCUCCUGCUGGUCAGCCACACCGGGGGGCGGGACUCUGGUGUUUCCACCGAGACAGUGUGCGCAAGCCUUGAUGACCUGAAGGACUACUGUCAGCCGCAUGCACCCGGUACACCCUACAUAUAUGUCCAGGAAUACCGUCAGCCAAUCAGAUCUCAGACGGGUCAUGUGAUUGCCUUGCUUUGUGCGGCAGGAGCGCUGCUGAAGGCCGUGUGCGUGUGUAGUCGUCUGGUGUCGCUCUCCUCCCAGCAUUCUCUAGGCCAUCAGCUGCUUCAGCGGUGGGGUGGAGGGAUGGAGCUUCACAGCUGGUCGGCACUGCCCACUGGCUCGGGACUUGGUACCAGCAGCAUCCUGGCAGGGGCGCUGUUGGCCGCCGUCUACAGAUGCACGGGUCAAACAUACGACAGCAACGCGCUCAUCCAUGGCGUCCUGCACCUGGAGCAAGUCCUCACCACAGGCGGGGGCUGGCAGGACCAGGUGGGUGGUCUGGUAGGGGGACUGAAAGUGGGCCGGUCCAAAGCCAAUCUGCCACUUCACGUGCACGUACAGCCUCUGUGCCCACCGGAAGACUUCCUGCUGUCUCUGGAGCAGCGACUCCUGCUGGUGUACACUGGAAAGACUCGGCUGGCUCGCAACCUGCUGCAGGACGUCGUGCGCAGCUGGUACAGCCGUCUUCCUGCAAUGGUCCACAAUGCUCAACAGCUGGUGUCCAACUCAGAGGAAUGUGCUCGAGCUUGCUUAGAUGGUUCCUUGUCAAGACUGGGUUACUGCUUGGACCGCUCGUGGCACCACAAGAAGCUGAUGGCGCCCGGCUGUGAACCAGCGUCGGUUCGUGUCAUGAUGGACGCCCUGCGUCCGCUGGUCAUAGGUCAGAGCCUGGUCGGCGCAGGGGGAGGCGGCUUCCUCUGCCUGUUGACCCGCCAACCUCGACAGCAGCAAGCGGUGCUUGAGGUUCUCAACAACAUACCAGGUCUGGGAAACUUCAGUGUUCAUACAGUGGAGCUGGACAUGGAUGGCAUCACAGUACUAACAUCCACCUGAACACACACGGGCAAUUAUGAUUGUGCCCCAAGAACUCUGCCUAGCAACAAGUGGCCAGGCAAAAACAUAAUGGAAAAAAAUAUGACAAUUUAAUGUUUCAUUAUGAAUUACAGAAUAGUUAUUUAUAUAAUUCAUAAUGCAAUUGUAAUAAUAAAAAAACUGA